AUGGCCUCAGCCGGAUACAUCCAAAUCACCUUGAUUUGGGUGGUCUACGCCGUCGCCAUCCUGCUCCUUCUGUCCGUCGCCUCUCUAUUCGUCUAUCUGUACCAGGCUCAUCGAGAUCGCUCCGCGUUCGUCACCAUUGUCUGCAUUUUCACCAUCACAUCGCUCCUCGCGACUGUCCUGCUACUUCCGGUCGACGUUGCUUUGGUCUCAAGCACCUCAAGUUCGAAACUGGGCAAGCGGAAAGACUGGGCCAAUCAAGACAAGGUCGACAAUAUCACAUUCACGCUGCGGGUCGUCUAUUACUUCCUCUACUCGCUCGAUGCCGUCCUUUGCCUGCUGGUCAUUCCGUUCGCCUACUUCUGGUACGAAGAGUACGAUGAGGUGGCUCAAGAGGAAGGAUCUCAAACCUUCGGGUCAAGGUUCUGGGCUGCGUUCAAAUACACCCUGGCCUUUAUCUUUCUCUGCCUUGCUAUCUUCCUGGUCGGCUUCUUCGUCCCAGUUGCACGUCAUCGUGAAGGAGCACACUUCGACCUGGAUUUCUUCAAGAAAUUGCUGGCUGAAAAUCAUGGUGAACGUGCUCUGACAUUUGCACUGGGCCUGUUGAUUACUAUUGGCGUCAUUAUCUACUGCUUCUAUACGGCCGCCGGUCUGGCCCUCCUCCCUGUGACGUUGAUCAAGUCGGCUCCUGGUAUCUCAGCCCCCGCCUUGACCGAGACCACUGCCACACAAUUGGAAAGCAACCUGGAGAGACAAAGGCAGCUUGAAGGCCGAGCCCAAGGAAACCCGGACGGCCUAUCAUCCAAGGACCAACGAGAACUAGACGCCUUAGUCCGAGAAGAACGCACUUUGCGCCGGCACCAACGACUUGCUGCGGAAGCGUCAGGUGAGGAUCAGAGCAUAUGGUGGAGAGUCUGGCUGAAACUCGAGGCCGUGUUCCGUCCCAUCAAGUUGAUACUCGGAAUACUACUGGUGAUCGUCGUCCUUUUGGUCUUCGUGAGCAUGGUCAUCACCGGCGUCGACAAAGCUAAGAACUCGAUAUGCAAGCGACAUUGUGGCUAUCUUCUGGCCCAUAACCAUAUUUUUCAACCGAUCAAUUGGAUCUUGGUCACGUCAGCAAAGGUCUUCCCCAUUGACUACGUGAUCUUCUUGUUCCUGGUGCUGCUGUUCUUCAGUGCCAGCAUCAUUGGGAUUGCCACUAUCGGCAUUCGAGUUCUCUGGAUUACUGUCUUCAGAAUUCGCAAGGCUCAUACUUCGCCGCAGGCCCUGCUUGUCGCCACAGUCAUGCUGACCCUCAUGACCCUGGCCAUCAAUUAUUCCAUUGCCAUGAUGGUGGCUCCGCAAUACGCCACAUUCGGCGCUCAAACCUUCUGCGACCAUCCUCCAAAACAUCCCGGGGAACAGCCAGACUGUUCAGACCAUAUCGGGCAUAUUAUUCCUUGCCGGGAAGCAACGGACAACCCAGCUGCUCGCAAUGUGUGCACACCAUCCGUGGUGUCGACCUUCCUCAACCGUGUCACGGUCAACUUUCCCUUCUUUGGCGUGGUUGAUUUCUGGGCUCAGUUUGUUUUCUUGGGAGUUUUCUUGUUGGGGUUCGUCUUGUUGCUAUUCCGCACACCGAAGCUGAGCGAUCCUGACGCUGAAGAGGACGCGCUCGAGGAGGAAGAAGAAGGUCUUUUGGCCAGUACCGGCAGGAGGUUCGGCGCGACCUGGCAGGACAUCACCGGUAGGGUGAGUCAUCCCGGCGGGAACAAUCAUCCGCAAGGAAGAGGAUCCAGGGAUGCGGCAGCCGAAUGA